AUGGCUAAAAUCGGGAAUCUCUGCACAUUGGAAGGAUUACUGAAUUUGAUACAAGUGCUCGCAAGCCUUUCCGCAAUCAUCGCCAGCUCGAUCAUCUGGACUCAAGGAAAUGUGGCACUCUUCAUUUACUAUUCAGGCUAUGGCUGGCAACUCUUAAUAAACGUGAUUCUCAUUGGAACGUUGAUUUUCUCGGUUUUCCUUCUCUUUCUGAAUGUGCUUGGUGGAAAUAAUUUGUUGGAAACUAUUGGAAAACCAAAGACAAUUUUCGCAUAUCUAUUAGUUUUCUUGUUGUUAAUUCUUGCGGACGCUUUGGAGAUUUGGUAUUGCACUUUUACUUUUCCAAGUGGAGAUAAAUGGGAGUGGGGAGGCAUCUAUCGACCACGAUUCAUCGCCACAGCGGUUUUCAUCGGCAUCGAUUUUUUAUGCUAUGGGAUUCUAUUGAUAUUAAAUUUCCGUUAU